CUAAUCCUGACCCUCUGUCUAAUCCUAAUCCUAUUCCAUCCCAUCCCAUCCUUAAUUGGAGCUGAGAUGUUCAGAAGACGGACACCUGUCCCCCUCCCUCCGUCACUUCUCUGCAAGUGACAUUUGGGCUCCCCAAACCAUGAACAGACUCCUCCUCCUCCUCCUCCUCCUCCUCCUCCUCCUCCUCCUCCUCCUCCUCCUGUUGUUCUUCCACAUCUUCUCUUUUCCAGGACGGGAGAAACGUGGCUCGGUGGCAGUAAAGUACCACAUCCGGAAGUAUGAGGAGAGAGACUAUGAGAUGCUGCGCACUUUUUACAUUCAAGGGAUCAAGGAACAUAUUCCUCGGGCGUUGUGGCACUUUCUCAGCUCUCCUCAGACACACCUGGGUCUUCUGUCCAUCUUCCUCCUGACCUACCUGAGCUCGGCUUCCUACACCAUCUCCCUGGCGGCCGCGUCCAUCUUCCUGGUGGUUGGCGUGCCUUCCAUGAAAAACUUGUGGGACGACUAUCUCCAACAUGCCCUCACCACGGACAUGAUGGACAUCAGGAGGACCUACCUGGAGACCAAGGACUCCUGUUUCUGGGUGGUGGACACCGGAGAGGAAGUGGUUGGCAUGGUGGCCAUCAUCCCUCCAGAGAACCCAUCUUGGUGGGGCAACGCCCGGGAGCUGAAGCGUUUGUCCGUGAAGAAGGAGCACCGAGGCCAAGGGCUCUCCAAGGCCCUCAUCAAGACUGCCAUCCAGUUUUCUCGGGAGCGCGGCUACCAAGAAGUCGUGUUGGGUACUUCCAUGGUACAACGCAUUGCUCAACGGAUCUAUGAGAACAUGGGCUUCCACAAAGUCCUACAGUUGAACCCUUCUUUCUUAGCUAAGUUGGUAGGCUUUUCGGUCUACUGGUAUUACUACAAAAUCCCAGACGCUCGCUGAGGUCUGCGCCUGAGGUCACAAUUCACCUUCCACAAAGGGAGAAGCGAGUUCUAACAUUCAGACUCGAUGGCUCAGCAGGCAGGCUCAAUGUCAACUCGCAAAGCAUUCCUGGCUUGCUCUCGAGUUGCCGUAAGAAGGAGGCCGGGAGUGGGGGUGGGAGAUCUGAUGGGAACAGUUCGGUUGGUAUGACCAGAAGCACAUUCCACGCAUACCUUCCUCCAGUUUGUGUCCCAGGUUAGCCAGAGCCAGCCGGAAAAGUGUGUUUUCUACAGCCCGGGAAAGUCCUUAGUUGGAGAAUGUGAUUUAUGACACACCCUGGGACGAGGGGGAGGGGGAACAGGGUCAUAGGUGGGCAAUAAAUUACGUAGAGCAGAGCCACCUGCACUUGGGAAAAAGGCCAACACGUUGCUCCUAAUAAAUAAUUGGAUUUCUUUUGAAACUUGGCUCGAUGCUCAUGAAUUAAUUAGGGCAUCCGUUGGAACCCUGACACUCAAACUUUCUCCUGGUUGGAGUUGAACCAACACUCUGAAGAGGCUCUGUGUGGCCUGAGUUCAACCCACCUAAAAACGGUUUCCCAACGGAAGGGUCUUUGAACUCCUGUUUAUCCGUCUGGCUGAACAUACCUGAAAGGAUGUCCCAGAUAUAGCCUACCCUUGGAAGUGCUUACACCCUGUGGAUUGCCGGCCAUAGGUUUCUCACGGAGAUCUUCUUGUUUAAGUUCUAUCCUCCUUCAUCGGCCAACAGCUUUUAAGAGAAGAAACAUGCUGGACCCUUCGCCAAAUCUGUAGUAGAGAAAGGGCGGGGGGAGACAAAGGGAGAAAGAGAGACAGAGAGAAAAGAGAAAAAAGAAAGAGAGA